AUGUUCCAGUCGACCUCUGUGGACGGAGGACUGAGGUAACGCCACGUCCAGUGACAAUGUAACACAUUCCGGGUAACCUCUCUACCAAAUAGCAACUGUUUUUAUUAUUAUUUUGGACAAGGGUCAAGUCAGUCGUCGUCAUGGUUUCCACUGAGCGCCGUGCCUUGGAGCGCACUUUACGCACGGCGGUGUUGGCGCUGCUGCUCUGCGCGCAGGCCGGCUGCGGCUUCUCGGUGGCCGGGCAGCAGGAGAGCACCUGCGAGGCCAACGGCAGCCUGUACUUCGUGGGCGAGUGGUACUUUCUGGACUCCGACCACUGCACCCAAUGUGAAUGCACCGCCGAGGGCUCCGCGUGUUCCCGCACGGAGUGCACCUCCCUCCCGGCCGCGUGCAUCCAUGUCAGCCACUACCCCACCGACUGCUGCCCCAGGUGCGAGAAGAUCGGGUGCGAGUACCGAGGAGUGGUGUACGACCUGGGGCAGAACUUCCAGCCAUCAGAAUGUGAGCAGUGUACCUGUGACAGUGAUGGCAUCGCCCGCUGCCUGGUUGCAGAUUGUGCCCCUCCACCGUGCGUCAACCCCGUCUACCAGCCCGGGAAAUGCUGCCCCGAAUGCAGGGAGGGUCCUAACUGCUACGUGGACGCGUCGCGCGGCCGGGUGAUUCCCGCAGGAGAGCCCGUCUGGGUCGACUCGUGCACCAAGUGUCGUUGUCACGACGGCCAGGACGCCGGCUACUGGGAGGGCAACCGCCUCGCCACCUGCUCCAGCCUCAAGAACUGUGUUCCAGAAGAGACGUCCGCCAAGAAAAACUGAUUCGCUCACAGUCAGCAGAGGACCAGCUGGUUGACCCUUAAGAUGACGGAUCGACUCUGUUCCUUGCUGAACCCUCUCCUGCGCAGCUGAGAGCGGAUACGUUUUUGUUGUUGGCAAGCAGAACUUAUAGAGCUUCCAUUCCACAAGGGAGUGUUUAUCCAAGGUGUGUCUGCAAUACUGAUGCUGCGUACUGAAUUGGUCACUUUGCAUAUUACAAAACGGUCUCACGUCAAGGCGAAGAGACGUAAUCCUGCUCUAGCUGAGAAGAUGACGUGCGGUCCAUGAAAAGCCUCUGAAAAUAGUGAAAUUAUGAUGAGGGAAUUGAUUUAAACGCUCUUCAUUUAAUAAUAUGGACUGUGAUGAUGUAGAUAUAAGUGAUCCUCAAGGCCUCAAUCCCUAAACAUACUGUAAUGUCUGUACUGAAAACACCAUCGAACAAAUCUGCCAGGAGCCAUAACAAAACUUCCACUUCCUAUCACUCCAGAUAUUUACCCUUUUUUAAAUAUUUGAGACUACAGCUUUUAUAGAAGCUACCCAGUUACCCAGCAACAGUUAUCACAACAUAACAAAGCCAAUGAGGUUAUUGGACGAUAAGGAAUUGUAGUUGAGCCGCCACGGGGUCGAUGCAACAGCCAAAUAUGCACAGCUGUGAUGCAAAUCUUCGACUAGGAAAUGGCUUAUUGUGAGCAAUUAACUAUUUUAUAAAUGUCCUGUAAAUUCUGCGGUUCAAUAUCUGGGUGUAGAUGAAAUCUAUAUAACGUGUGAGACUAUGGUCUAAUUUAUGACUGUACAGUAGUUGUAGACAAGAGCGAUAUCUUGAAAGAGAGGAGGAAAAAAAAAGGGUUUGCCGUAGAGGAGGAGAAACAACCUGUAAUUAACGCGCUUCAUUAAUGUUUCACCGGAAAAAGCCUCCUCGUUAUCAAAGUGUACAGUUAUACAAAAUAAGUGUAUUGCCAUUUUUUUUAUAUAAGUUCAUGUGCAGGAGAUCUUCCUUCUUUUAUUUUGUCAUAAUCCACCGCUUCAAUCAUGAGGGACUUUUGAAUGAAAACCAAAAAAUAAUCUUGUU